UGGAGAAAAGUGUCAGGUAAAUGAGUAACUGUGUAAUGUACAGUGUGUAUGCAUAUAUAAGAGAGAAGCAAAAAACCUUCAGAGCAGAUCUUUUUUUCUCAAAUAGAAAUCUCUGAAUACUUUCUCUUUUAAUGAAGCAAAUCUGAGCUGUCACUUGGCAUUUUGAUUUGAGUCAUUAAAUCUUGAGCUCUACAGGUUAAGAGUUUCAAGAGGACACUGAUUUACCAUAAAUUUAGGUCUGAAGGGACUUUUUAGCAGCUUUUCUCACAGGCAGCCCUUAACAGCAGUGAAGGUACUUAAGCUUCGGCACGAGGCAAUGGUUAAACACGUCACACCUACAACAUUUCCUUGGCAGUUUCGUGUACCCAACGCUUGCAGCGCCUUACGGACAUCGAACGUCCGAUCCUAUUGUAUUCACUUUUGCAGACUUUUUGAUGGUUUGAGUUUCAUUCACAGACUCCAAUAGCCUCAGCAUGUCCAAGGUUGACAACAUUACCUUGGCCAUGUUCCAGGACAACACUGCCAGCAGCAUAGUGUCUGCUGUGUACAUCGUAGUGGCGCUCAUCAACUUCCCUGCAAACGGCCUCUGCAUGUGGCUGUUGCUCUUCCGCACUUCCCCCAAGACCCCUACCAUCAUUUUCAUGAUUAACUUGACCUUCACCGACCUAGUCAUUGGCUGCAUCCUGCCCUUCCAAAUAGUUUAUCUGGUCAGAGGCUACAACUGGCCCUUUAGCUCCAUGAUGUGCAGUUUUACAACAGUCUUGUUUUACGCCAACAUGUACUGCUCAAUUCUGACCAUGACCGCCAUAAGCAUCGCUCGCUAUCUUGGCAUCGUGCGGCCGCUGAAGUUCAAAAACAUUACGAGAAAUAAGGUAGGAGCUGUGCUCAUCUGUGGGAUCAUGUGGGUAAUUGUUUUGGCAGUACUGUACCCCCUGGAGAGCACUGACCUCACUUUUCACGUGGUCAGUCUCAACAUCACCACGUGUUUUGACAUCCUCCAAACGGGCAUGUUACCAACACAGACACUCUGGCUCAUUUACCUGGUAAUCUGGUGCGGUGUUCUCUUCCUGAUCCCCUUCAUCAUUACGCUGUUCUGCUACAUCCGUAUUAUGCGGACCCUGGCCUUGAACAGCAGCGACUCCAAAGGGAGGGCCCUCCGGCUCGCCUUACUCGUCCUCUUCAUCUUCAUUGUCUGCUUUGCACCCAACAACAUUCUCCUUGUGGCCCACAGCCUGCGGAGGCUGCUCUUUCAGGACUCCCUCUACAUGGCCUAUAAGCUGUCUCUCCUACUCAGCUGCGUAAACAGCUGCCUGGAUCCCUUCAUUUAUUACUUUGCCUCAAAGGAGUUUCGUAUGAAUCUGAGGGAGGUGCUGGACCUAGAUUCCAUCAGCAGCCGCAGAGCAUCCUUUCACAGAGCGACGUUCUUUUCCGGCCGCUCUAUGUCUCAAAGCCGUGCCGACGGCGAUGGCCAAGUCGGCUUUUCCGAGCAGGAAGCGACCCGUUGAUUUGAUCGGUGGAGGGAGGCAUUUUCUAAAAUUGCCUUGCACGAUGCGAGAAAUAGCUGAGAAUUUCUCUGAUUUUUAAAUUCUGUGAUAUUUUACACGAGGUCACCUCAUAUCAUCCGGUUUAAUCAAAUUUUUGGUGUUUUUUUAUUCUCCUUCUUGAGUAUUCAAAUGUGUAUAUUUGUACACCAUCUACUUUCACACAUUUUUACAACCUCAUUACUUGUUCUUCAUGUGCCUUAAAAAGGUAUCAAAUGUAUUGUUUGGACAGACAAUUCUCCACGUGUACAAUGAAGCCAAAUGAUAAUAAAUACCUGAAAAACUGUAUCACUGAGCAAAACAUGAUGAAUUCCUUUAAAACUGCAUCACUGAGCCAAAACACUGUAAAUGUUCUUCUGGUCAAGUUGAGUAUGUGCGCAACAGUAAUUUUGUGCUUAUAAUUUUUUUUUUUUGAUUAUAAUCAAGCCUGCUCAUUAGUCUGUGGGAAAUUAAAAACGAUGUGGAUUUAGUGCUUUAGCUGAAAAACAGAGGCAAGUUGACUCAUCUGUGCAAGACAACAGGAGCAAAACAACAGCCAAAAUGUUCAGUUGGCAUUUUUUACUUUCGGUAUAUGAUUUGUUGGUUUCCUUCAGUGCCGUGAUAUGUCUGAAAUUAAAUAAAGCCCUGUGAAUGAAAUGUCCAUGUAUGAGGCAAAUACUGACAUAUAGAAACUUUAUUUUCUUAAGAGCAAAAAAUGUAAAUGUCUGUUAAAUGUUCUUAUAGUU